CAAGAUCACGCCAUUGCACUCCAGCCCGGGCAACAAGAGCGGAACUCCAUCUCAAAACAAAAACAAAAACAAAACAGCUCCUAUGCCAAGUUCUCAAGGAGAUCUGGAGUUUGCCACAAAUACAGAAAAGCAGUUUUGGAGUAUUAUGUGUGUGUUAAAAAAUAGAAUUGGGGAGGUAAGCAGGAUCAGACUUAAAGCUGUAUGAAAGAAUCAGGACUUGAUCCUGAAGAGAAUGUGGAGAAACGGAAUUGUUCCAAAUGGAAAUAAAAUCAGAUUUAUGCUUUGGACUUGGGAUGGACCAACUGGAGGAGAGCAGAAGGCUGGCUGGGGCCAUCUGUUGGAUGAUGGAGGCGUGAACUAAGGGAGUGGCAGUGGGCUCAGAAAGCCAUGAGAAUAUUAUCAAAGAGAUAAUCAGGAGGUAGAAGAGAUAGGAUUUGGUGAUAGAUUGAAUGUAGGGACUGAGGCAGGAGAGUCUGGGAUGACAUUUGAGUGUCUCAAUUAAGGGUGAUUAGUGUACAACUCACAGGUCUGAAAGAAGAAAAUAAGUUCAAUUAUUGAUAUGUUUAAGUUCGAGACGGAUAUGGUAAGUUCCAUGCCUGGGGCAGACAUGGCCAUGUAAUACUGGCUGCUCUAUCUGAACUCCAGAGAUAUAUGGGAUGGAGAUGAAAUUAGGAGCAGUCAGCAUAAAUGUAGUAUUGACACCAUGGGUAUGGACAAGAUUAAGGGAGGAUGUGAAGGUUUGAGAAAAUAAAGCUUGUGAUAGAACACUUGGGAUAUGAUUAAGGGAUGGAUGGAGAAAGAUACAGCUUCAGUGAACGCUGAGGACUGACCAGAAGGAUGUGGAGGAAAACUAGAGAGUUCUGACUCAUGAAAGAUAAGAAUGUAUUUCAAGGUUAGAUUUUCCUAGAACAUGUUCAAUACCUUACUGUUGCAAUACUUUCACACUUGUAUUUCUCAUUUUUUCAUGCUGCAUUAUAAGCUCUAGGAUCAUAGUGUCUCUAUUGGCCUUAUUGAACUAAGGGGGCUGCAAUGGGCUUGGAAAGCCUUGAGUGUAUCAUUAAAGAGAUAAGUAGGAGAUAGCAGAGACAGAAUUUGAUGAAAGAUUGUAUGUAGGGAUUGAGGAAGGAGGAAGGGUCUGGCAUGACAUUUGGGUGACAUUUUAUCCAAGUAUUCAGCACACUGUCUGGUACUUAGUAGGUACUCAUAUAUCAAUGAAAGGGCUGAUCUUUAGGAGUUUCAGCAGACUGUGGAAGGUGCCUCUGGGAAUGAGUAUGUUUCCAACUGCACUUCAUUCUCAAGUUUUGUGGCCAAUGAUGGAUAGGAGGUGGAUUGUGAUGUAUUCAGAACAUGGGACCUUGAGGAGUUCCGUAACCAAAAGGACAAAGUAACAACAGCCAGUGGAGACAAAAAGAACUGCUUCUCUUUCUUUCCCCCUCCAACUUCCUAGUGGAGGGCUGAGCCCAGCAUCCCAGACUUGUGUGACUAUAUAGGCAAACAUCUGGAGACCUACUUCACUUUGAUACCCUAGCCUUCGGCGGCUCAAGGUGUUGGCCUUUGGAUAGGAAGCUUCCAAUAGUAAAGCUCCCUGCUCUCAGCAAGCCCAACACCAUGGGGAAGGGAGAUGUCGUAGAGGCAGCACCAACCACCACAGCCUACCACUCCAUCAUGGAUGAAUAUGGUUAUGAGGUGGGCAAGGUCAUUGGCAAUGGCUCCUAUGGGACAGUAUAUGAGGCUUUCUACACAAAGCAGAAGGUCAUGGUGGCAGUCAAGAUCAUAUCAAAGAAGAAGGCCUCUGAUGACUAUCUUAACAAGUUCCUGCCCCGUGAGAUACAGGUAAUGAAAGUCUUGCGGCACAAGUACCUCAUCAACUUCUAUCAGGCCAUUGAGACCACAUCUCGAGUAUACAUCAUUCUGGAGCUGGCUCAGGGUGGUGACGUCCUUGAAUGGAUCCAGCGCUACGGGGCCUGCUCUGAGCCCCUUGCUGGCAAGUGGUUCUCCCAGCUGACCCUGGGCAUUGCCUACCUGCACAGCAAGAGCAUCGUGCACCGCCUGAUGCCCAGCCUUUCUGCUGCUGGUAGGGACUUAAAGUUGGAGAAUCUGUUGCUGGACAAGCGGGAGAAUGUGAAGAUAUCAGACUUUGGCUUCGCCAAGAUGGUGCCUUCUAACCAGCCUGUGGGUCGUAGCUCUUCUUACCGCCAAGUGAACUGCUUUUCCCACCUCAGCCAGACUUACUGUGGCAGCUUUGCUUAUGCUUGCCCGGAGAUCUUACUAGGCUUGCCCUACAACCCUUUCCUGUCUGACACCUGGAGCAUGGGCGUCAUCCUUUACACGCUAAUGGUCGCCCGUCUGCCCUUUGAUGACACCAAUCUGAAAAAGCUGCUGAGAGAGACUCAGAAGGAGGUCACUUUCCCAGCUAACCAUACCAUCUCCCAGGAGUGCAAGGUCCAGCUGCUCAUUGCCUGCGUGGCACAAUGGAGAAAAACUCAGGCAAGACCUCUCUCUCCCCUGCUCUAGAACCUGAUCCACCAGAUGCUACACCAAGCCACUAAGCGUGCCACCAUUCUGGACAUCAUCAAGGAUCCCUGGGUGCUCAAAUUCCAGCAUGAACAACCCACCCAUGAGAUCAGGCUGCUAGAGACCAUGUGCCAGCUCCACAACACCACUAAACAUCACCAAUCCUUGGAAAUUACGACCUGAAAAUGGCUGAAGGAGGGGGCUAAGAGAGGAGCCAGCAGGAGGUCUCUUGGGCCAAAAAUCUUUUAUACCAAAAAUAAAUCUAAGUCUGAUUUAGUUUUAUCA